AGGAGAAGGGCAAGUGGGUUAGACUUGGACCAGGUUGUACAAGUAGCAAGGUGAAGCCGUCCAUGUUCAGUGGAGAGAAGAAGGCCCAAUUUCCCGAUUGUUGGCUCUCGAUCUCUCUCUUCUAUAGGAAAAGGCUUUGGUAAAAGAAAAGCGUCUGCUCGCCUUCUCCGGCGGCGCCGCGGCGGUAGGAAAGGAGGCGGGUUCCGGCGGUUCUCCUAUGAGGAGGAGGCUGGGGCACGCUAUGUUCCGCAGCCACCUUGUGCGCGGGAUUUAUCUGAGCUCAGGCCAAGGCUAGGAGGGUUGGGGGUGGCCAGCGUGAGCAGAAGCAACCGGGCAAGCAACGGCAAGUGGAGUCGACGGCGAGGGCAAGCGCGGGGAUUCCGUGGAGCUAGAGCAGGGAAAUCUCCAUCCGGCCGGGCGCCGGAGAUUUCGGGAUGGAGGGUUUCCGCUGGAGCGGGCGGCGAACAAGCGGCGGUCGACGGCGGCGACGGGUGCGGGGAUCCGUUGAUUCUGCUCCGACGGCCUCCUCCUUCCCCGCUCCGCGCAGAUCAAGGCGACUCCGGCGGCGCGACCCCUGCGCGCGGUGGCCGCUGAGCCAUGGCGCCGCCGCAGUCCAAAAUGGUCCAAGAGCCGAAGAGACCCAGACAACAUAAUCUCAUCCAAAAUGGUAAGGAGGUGAGUAGUUUGUAGACGACGGCGACGGCAAACGAGCUCGCCCUGCUGUGCCUAUCGGGCGCACAGAGAGGCUGCAAAACGCAGGCUGGAACCAGAACCAGAACCAGAACCAGGGCACGGGCUUGUGGGGUUACCUGAAUAAUGCAAUCUUCUCAUGUAACACAAGCAUCCUAGAAUGCACUCUAUCCACCCAGGCUCUGUGAAUCCAAGCAUACGAGUUAACCCUGCUUACGAAAUGCUUUACUUAUGCUCUGCAAAUAGUUAUGCUUUCCUUUCUGCAAAUGUAGUUCUAGCUGUUCAUGCAGUAACAUGAUGAAGCCAGCCGCUUAACUAUGUUUAAGCCAUGAUUUCUGGCAUGUAAUGCAGCCAUGUCUGAGAAUUUCAGUAUUCUUGUUCUCCUAGUUUUUCUAUGGACCAUUUCUGUACUAUUGAAUUCACACUUAAAUCUUUCAGGAAAGCAAACCUUGCGAUGGGUCAAGGUCUAUCUAAUAUAGAGGCGUGGCAACUAAAAUGGAACACACCACAGUCUAUAUCCAAGUAUACUGAAAGACAAGAGAAUGUCAGAAUCAAGUAUGCUCUGUCAUCUAUGCAAGGAUUGUGCCCAUACAUGGAAGAUGCUCAUGCAGCUAUCCCGGAUCUAGAUGGUGCAAGGACGACAUCAUUCUUUGGUGUUUAUGAUGGCCAUGGAGGAGCUAAUGUAGCAAAGUAUUGUGCGGAAAAAGUUCAUACCGAGCUACUGUUAGAUGAAGGGUAUCCCAACGAUCUGGGUAAUGCAUUGGGGCGCGUAUUUUCCAGAAAAUUGUUGGGCAUGUUGCAGGUGCAAAUCUGAAUCUUCAUGCUUAAUCUUUGCAAAAUAGAUGUGCAGUUGAAAGAAUACGAUGAAUGGAGGGCGUUAGCUAACCCCCCAUCAAACCAAUCUGCUAAGUUGCCUCCAGACUCCUGCUUGUGUUCAGGUUUGGUUUCCUCCAAGAUGAAUAUCAAGUAAUUAAUACUACCUCCGAUUCAAGGAAUAAGGCGCCCUCGUUUUACGUGUUUUUCGUUUGACUAAGUAUUACUUCAAAUAUAUAAAGAUUGUUUGUAUAAAAUCAACAUCAUUAGAAAGUGCUUUUCAAUACGAAUCCAACGAUACUAAUUACAUAUAAUAUAACCAAGAUUUUGUUGCUCAAUUUUUAUGGUCAAAGUUCGUCUUGGAAUACGCGUGCGCCUUAUUCCUUGGGACGGAGGUAGUAUGAUUUAAGAUCAAGCUAUUGAAGGAGUUAAGAUUGUAUCACUUGGAUGAUAUGCAUACUAUUACCUGUAAAAUCGAACUGGAAGGAAGGUGUGAUAUGGAUUAUGGAGGAUUUAUUAUACUUUCUUGAGAUAUGCUUUUCAGUUGGAAGUGGCAUAUAAAUAUAUUUACAUAUAGCUCCUCUACCCAAUUAUUGAGUUGGAAGUUGGAGUAGUUGGUAUAUGUAUUGAGUA